UCUCGCUUUUUUUUUUUUGCUUGGCAACCUUCCCUCCCCCAUGGCCCAACCCCGUCGCUCGUGAGCGAGCGCCGCCACCCCCUCGUCUUCCUCCUUGCGCAAGCGCCUCCACGGACAGAUCCAGCCCUUCAACUCUCUCGUUCCCGACCGUUUCUCCUCCCAUCACGCCACGAACAGAUCCAGCCCUGUAGCUCCCCGUUUCAUCUCCUUAAUCUUCCCCAAUUCGUAACUGAGGCAAAAAUCAAGGUAGGGCCCUUGCCUGCUGAACCUUGAGAUUUACCCAUGGAGGAUCUUCCGGAGGAACUGCUGUCAGAGAUUGUCAAGAGGGUUACCAGAAGAAGUGAUCUGAAUUCACUUUCUCUUGUAUCCAAGCGUUUCUUCACUUUAGAGGCUGAGCUAAAGGGAUCUAUUCGUGUUGGUUCUGGUCUUUGCCUUGCGACUGAAUCUUUGGCAUCACUCUUCUCCCGGUUCCCCAAUUUGUCGAAAGUAGAGAUCGAUUAUGCUGGCUGGACGCCUUUUCAUGGAGGCCAGUUGCACAACCAAGACCUCUUUGUGAUUUUAUCUUGCUGCCCCUCUCUGACUGAUCUCACGCUAAGCUUCUGUUCACACAUUGAUGACGCCGGCCUUGGUUAUCUACGUUACAGUCAGAAAUUGAUUUCCCUCAGGCUGAAGUCUGCACCAGGAAUAACUUCUAGUGGCCUUCUCUCGGUUGCAGUUGGUUGCAAGAGUCUAUCUUGCCUCCACCUUAUUGACUGUGAGAAAAUAGGAAGUACAGAGUGGUUGGAGUACCUAGGCUGGAAUGGAUCGUUGGAAGAACUUGUAGUGAAGAAUUGCAAGUUUGAUUUUGUGAUCAAUCAAUAUGAUCUCUUAAAUUUUGGUCCAGGAUGGAUGAAGCUCCACAAGUUUGAUUUUGAGAUCAAGGGAAGAUUUUGGGAUUUUCAUGAGGGAUAUGAUCAUAUGGAAAUUGUUGGUUAAUUAGUUAUGAAACUGACAAUUAAGGUACAAGUACCUCUUUCGUUUGGAAAAGUAGUAUCAUUCUACCAUUUUUGUUGUUUCUGUUUGGCCUCCGAGCAGGAAAGUUCAGGGAAAAUGCUGGGAUAUCAAGAUUUCCAUACCAUUUUCUCAUGAAGUUAUGCUAUGAUAUCUACCACCAAUGCAACUGAUUGUUGGAUCUUUAAUGAGCUAAAGCAUCAACAUCUUGGAGUACACUCUGGACAACAACAUAUAAGUACAUGGUUUGAGAAGCAGGAGGGACAUGCUGACAGAAAAAAUAGUUUGACUGUAAUUCAUCUCUUAUUAAUUCAUGUUGCUUUUAGGUAACAAGAUCAUUGUUCUGCUAUGAUGGAAUUCAGGAUCUGUUAAUCAAUUUAUUACGUGGCUCCGUUACCAGAUCAGUUUAUUAGGACAUCAAGUAAGUCAGAAGAGAAGAAUGAUAGAACUCACCAUCUUCAACUUGGGGCGCACAGUCCUGAAGGUAUGGAUGUAGUCUGCUAGGUGAUUCCCAUGUUAAUAAGUAAGGAGGAUAUAAGGCUACUAUCUUCGAUGGAUUAGGCUCAGAUGUGUCAGUUGUCAACUCUUAAAAGGCUUUCUUCCUCUUUAUAUGCAGAUUUUCUUUUGUGAAUCAUCACGGUUUCUUAUUCGAUGUUCCAGCCUAAAAUUAGAGAAGUAACAGCAGGCUUGGCGUUUAUGCAAACAUGUUCACUCCUUUGGAAGAUAGAUUUUGGCCCAACUGACAGGUAGUUGGAGUCUUCAUCAUCAGCUGAAGAAAUGGAUUUUAGCUAUCACAUCUGCAUCUCAGACAAAACAAAAAGCUAUUUGGAUGAUACUUGAUACUAGUUUGUAAAUUAUUGCGUAUUUACACCGCAUUCUGCAGCUGUUAUGGAGUACUAAAGGAAUUACUAUAUUGCCGUACUAAUUCACCAUUCAAACAGGAUCAUCGUUCUGACAGGAACUUCUAGAGCAUUUUGUCCUAUUUGCCCAUCAGUUUUGUAUAUCCUAAAUUCCUGAUUUAUUGCAAUGAAGUUUGCACCGAAUGAGGGUUUUCACCGGA